UUCUCACCUGCCUCCAGCAUGGAUCUCCUGCAAAAGAGCAAAUACAGCCACCUGCGGAACGAGUCUGUCUCCUCUCCAGAGGAGGCUGUGGCGGGCCUGGGAGUCCUGCCCUCCCCUGUGGAGUCCCUUGCAAGCAUGCAGUCUCUGCCUCGUUCCCUGUCCUCCUCCCUCAGCCACGCUGCGCCUCUCGGGGAGCUCUCACCUGAGUUGGAGGAGAGCCCUACCACCCUCUGCUCCUUCUUCCCCAAAAUGGCCAACCUGAAGCUCUCCAAUCCCGCCAACUUGCUCAGCUUGCGGGGCUCUGCAGCCAGCAGCAGCCCGGGGGAGCCUGCUCCCCCUGGGGUGCCAGCACUAGUGCCAGGGGGUGGUGCCAGCCCCGGCUCAGCGAGGCCUGUCACUGUCUGUUCCCAGGAUAUGAACAAGCUGAGCUGUGGGAAGAAGACGCGGGUGGAAGGUGGCCAGCUGGGGGGUGAUGAGUGGACCCGCCACGGCAGCUUUGUCAACAAGCCCACCCGUGGCUGGCUGCACCCAGAUGACAAGGUCAUGGGCUCUGGGGUCUCCUACCACGUCCGGUACAUGGGCUGUGUGGAAGUGCUGCAGUCCAUGAGGGCUCUGGAUUUCAACACCAGGACACAGGUGACCAGGGAGGCCAUUGGGCUGGUGUGUGAGGCUGUGCCUGGUGCCAAGGGAGCCGUGAGGAGAAGGAAGCCCUGCAGCCGCUCCCUGAACUCCAUCCUGGGCAAGAGCAACCUGAAGUUUGCAGGCAUGCCCAUCACCCUGACCAUCUCCACCAGCAGCCUCAACCUCAUGGCCUCAGACUGCAAGCAGAUCAUUGCCAACCACCACAUGCAGUCCAUUUCCUUCGCAUCGGGGGGAGACCCGGACACAGCUGAAUACGUUGCCUACGUUGCCAAAGACCCCGUCAAUCAGAGAGCCUGCCACAUCCUGGAGUGUCCUGAAGGCUUGGCACAGGAUGUGAUCAGCACCAUCGGGCAGGCCUUCGAGCUGCGCUUCAAGCAGUACCUGAAGAACCCCCCAAAGCUGGUGACCCCCCACGACAGGAUGGCAGGGUUUGAUGGCUCUGCCUGGGACGAAGAAGAGGAGGAACCAGCCCCGGAUCACCAGUACUACAACGACUUCCCUGGCAAGGAGCCUCCCAUUGGGGGGGUCGUGGACAUGCGGCUGCAGGAUGGGGCUGCUCAGACCCCAAAUCACUUGGGUGCCACGCUGCCUGUUGGCCAGUCCUCCGGCGGGGAGUAUGACCCCCAGAAGCAGCAUGCUCCUGCCCAAGUGCUCCUGGCAGCAGGGAGAGAGAAGUACCCAGCUGCAGCGGGCACGUCUGGCCGCACGGACCUCUUUGAUGACCCAUCCUAUGUCAAUGUGCAAAAUGUGGACAAGACACGCCAAGCUCCAGCCUCUGGCACCCCCGCCACGGCCAAUGGCAGCACCCAGAGGGACCUCUUCGACAUGAAGCCCUUUGAAGAUGCCCUGCGUGUGCCCCCCUCGGUGCCCCUGGCGCUGCCCCCCGCCCAGGUGGUGGCCUCCAUGGAGGAGCAGCUGAGAAGGGAGCCCUGGUACCACGGCAAGAUGAGCCGCAAGGAGGCUGAGAAGCUGCUGAAGGUGAACGGGGACUUCCUGGUGCGGGAGAGCACCACCACCCCCGGCCAGUACGUGCUGACUGGCCUGCAGGGUGGGCAGCCCAAGCAUCUGCUGCUCGUGGAUCCCGAGGGAGUGGUGAGGACAAAAGAUCAUCGCUUUGAGAGCGUCAGCCACCUCAUCAGCUACCACAUGGACAAUCACCUGCCCAUCAUCUCGGCCGGCAGCGAGAUGUGCCUGCAGCAGCCCGUGGAGAGGAGGCUGUGAGCGCCCGGGGACCCCGGGGCACAGCACCCCUGGGCACGGCCCUCCAGCCCUGCUCCUGCCCCAGGGAGCCCUCGGACUCUUCCAGCUGCUCCAGCCAGGACUGAGCACGGACUUGGCCUUCCUCCCUUCACCACACGGAGCUGGUGGCCGCGGGGGGCUCAGGCUGUGAGUGCCUGCAGGGUGAACUGUUCUUGCAAAGCCCACGCCCCUCCAGCUCCAGCCUUUGCAGAGCAGCUCAGCUCCUACCAAAGCCCGGCCCUGCUGUUGUGCCCACCAGCACGGGCUCAGGACUGGCAGGCUGAGCCCCCCGAGCCAGAGGCAGCCUGGCCUUAUCUCUGGGGGGGCCCAUGGGGGGCUCAGCUCCCCCCAGCACCGGGCCCUCGACUGUACCGGAUCACUUUACGUGUUAACUCUGUGCCUUGACCCCGCAGGUCCCACACUCUUUAUGCAAGGGCAGGGGCUGCUCGCAGAGCUCCCGGCACCCCGUGCCCCCUCCGUGACGUGCUUGUGCUCCGGGACACGCGUGUGCCACCACGUCCCCGUCCUCCCUGCCCGCCCGGCUGGGCCAGGGCAGCUCUGGCAGCCCGGGGGUCUGGCGGGAGGACCCCCCUGCAUGCACAGCGUAACUGCCCCACGCCAAAGCGCAGCCCCCCACCGCCCCAGGCCCCUGCCCCGCUAUACCAAAGGAACUGGCGGUUGUAUUAAAGUUGGUAUUUCUCUAGGC